AUGAAGGAUCCAAAAGAGCCAUCGAUACCUCGUUCUAUCGUCGAGCGUCGCCGUCGUUCAAUUCUCGCGGAUUAUCUGAUCAAGACUGCGACCCAUGGUCUACGCAAUGUCGGCGACGCGCAGGGUACGUGGCACCGAACAUUCUGGGUCGUCACUUUCUUCGUAGCAUUCGGUCUAAUGCUCUACUUUGUGAUCUCCUCCGCACUUCAGUAUUUAGCCUAUCCAACACAAACCAAGGUCGAAAUUGAAGCCGAGCGUGACAUGCCUUUUCCAGCCGUGACUGUAUGCAAUGCCAAUCCAUACAGAGAAGACA